AUGGCUGACUUGACAUUGUUGGGUGCUAACAACUUCCGCCGCUUCACUCCCGAAUCCUUGGUUGCUAUUGAGAAACGCAUCGCGGCCAAGAAAGAAGUCAAGGACCCUCCCCCCGGGGAGAAGCUCCGCCCCCAGCGGGACAUCCAGGCCUUCCAGAAGUUGCCUGCCCUCUAUGGCAACCCUGCCCCGGAGCUCAUUGGAGAACCUCUUGAAGAUCUGGAUCCCUACUAUGAUGAUCACAAGACAUUUAUGGUUUUGAACAAAGGGAAAGCCAUCUUCCGAUUUACAGCCACGCGGGCUCUGUACAUCUUUAGCCCUUUUCAUCUGGUCAGACGAAUGACAAUUAAAAUUUUGGUGCAUUCAUUGUUCACCAUGUUUAUCAUGGUGACUAUUUUCACGAAUUGCGUCUUCAUGGCUCUUUCGGAUUCGUCACAGUCGACCAAUAAUGAGACUUCCUCCAGCAAGUAUGUCGAGUACACUUUUACUGGCAUUUACACGUUUGAAUGUCUAAUCAAGAUUUUGGCAAGAGGCUUUUGCUUGAACGAGUUCACUUUCCUUCGAGACCCUUGGAAUUGGCUGGAUUUCAGUGUAAUUUUGAUGGCAUAUGUGGGAGAGUUUAUUGAACUGGGCAAUGUUUCAGUUCUUCGGAUGUUCCGGGUGCUGAGAGCUUUAAAAACGAUAUCUAUCAUCCCAGGUCUGAAGGUCAUUGUGGGCGCCCUGAUCCAGUCCGUUAAGAAACUUGCCGACGUUAUGAUUCUCACUGUUUUCUGCCUGAGUGUCUUUGCUCUCAUUGGCCUUCAACUCUUUAAGGGACAUUUGAGACACAAAUGUGUCAGGAACUACACGGAAUUUAUCAACCAGAGCAAAUCAGCAGAGUAUUCCAAUGGAACGUAUUUUCUCGGUGAACAGAAAUUACCUUCAUAUGAAGAAUUCAUCAACGCUGCAGAAAAUUACAAAAUUAAGAAUGGCACUGAAGAUAUUUUAUUGUGUCGCAAUAGUACAGACGCUGGCUCCUGUCCGCCAUCCUACGUAUGUCUGAAAGUUGGAGAAAAUCCUGACUACGGUUUCACGAGCUUCGAUACUUUCGGCUGGGCCUUUCUCUCCUUGUUCCGCCUCAUGACACAGGAUUACUGGGAGCGCCUCUACCAACAGACGCUCAGAGCUUCUGGAAAGAUCUAUAUGCUGUUUUUCAUGCUGGUCAUCUUUCUGGGAUCAUUUUAUCUGGUCAACUUGAUCUUAGCUGUGGUCACGAUGGCAUAUGAAGAGCAGAGCAAAGCCACUAUUGCUGAAACCGAGGCAAAAGAACGGAAAUUUCGUGAAGCCAUGGAGAUGCUGAGGAAAGAGCAAGAGGAAUUAACGGCCAAAGAAAAUGACAGCAUGUCACACAGCUCAUUUGAAGUGUCGCCUGUAGCAUCCAAAGAAGUCAAAGAACGAAGCAACAGAAUGAAGAAAAAGCUGUCUUUAGGGAUGGAAGAUCACGGGGACGAUCUCAGAAUCGCCACGUCACAAUCUAGCAACAGCCCCCGGAGAUCGGCUCUCCUUACCCACAGUAACAGUCCCAGUUCAAACCCAGGGAAGCGUCGGCCUAGUCAUGGAAGCGUCUUCAACUUCCGCAUAUCGGGCCGAGAUGCUGGCUCAAGGCCUGAGUUUGGGGAAGAUGAGUCCAGCAGCGCUGGGGAGGCCGAGAUUCACCGCGGCUCACUGCUGCCGACGCGAAUGGGGAGGCGGCCAAGCCUCCAGAGUCAAGUCAGCUACGGUUCCCGGCCGGCCACUCCGAACUACAUGCAGCCGAGCAGAUGGACCACUGGAGACGAUUGCUAUGGGAUGGUCUCGUUGAUGGGAGGCAGUGGAAUGAGGCUGCACGUGGAGCCUGGUUCUGGGGAAGGGUCACUACUUCCUCCAGUUAUGGAAAACCCUGGGAGAGGCAAUCAGACUCCUUCGUACGAUGAAGCUAAGAAAACGUUGCAAAACCAGCGUCUGUCAGUGGAUUAUUAUAAUCAGCCGCUUCAAAGACAAAGAGCAGCAAGUGCAGUUAGCAUCAUUACCAGUGUGCUGGAAGAACUUGAAGAAUCAAAUCGGAAAUGCCCUCCGUUUUUGAACAAGUGGGCACUCAAGCUUUUCGUGUGGGAGUGCUGCCCUCUGUGGAUGAGAAUGAAGAAGAAAGUGAAAGUUUUUGUUAUGGAUCCAUUUACUGAUCUCAUGAUCACACUUUGCAUUGUGAUGAAUACACUUUUCAUGGCGCUAGAGCACUAUAAAUCGAACCCUCAGUUUGACUACGUUCUUUGGACAGGUAACACAAUUUUCACCGGAAUUUUUAUUGCAGAAGUGGUCCUGAAAAACAUCGCCAUGGAUCCCUACCACUAUUUUCAGCAGCGCUCAAAUAUCUUCGACAGCGUGAUUGUCUUCAUAAGCAUCAUUGAACUGAGCAUGCCCGGCGAUAGCAAAGAGAACGGCAAAGGGAAGAAAGGCAGCAAGAAGGGGAGCUUCACGGUUCUGCGGACCUUGAGGCUGAUGCGAGUCUUCAAGUUGGCCAAGUCUUGGCCAACCUUAAACAACCUUAUUAAAAUCAUUUUAAAUUCAGUGGAUGCUCUGGGCAACCUCACUCUUGUCCUGGCCAUUAUCGUUUUUAUAUUUGCCGUCUUUGGCAUGCAACUCUUUGGGAGCAACUAUAAGGCCAACCGCUGCAAAAUCUCCACGAUCUGCAAACCGCGCUGGCACAUGCAGGAUUUUUUCCACUCCUUCCUCAUUAUUUUCCGGAUUCUGUGCGGAGAAUGGAUUGAGACCAUGUGGAGUUGCAUGGUGGUGGCUGACCAAUCCAUGUGCCUCGUUGUCUUCUUGCUGGUCAUGGUGAUUGGAAAUUUAGUGGUCCUCAAUUUGUUCAUUGCACUACUGCUGAACUCCUUCAGUGCUGACAACCUCAUCCAACUCCCCGAGGAAGACAGAGAAACAAACAACCUGAAGAUUGCCUUUACUCGGAUCCACAGGGGUCUCCAUGCAGCGAAACAGGCCGUCCUGACUUUUUGUUUCAAAGCGUUUGGGUUCAAGAGGAAAGCCCCCCAGAAUAAAAUCAAAUGCGACUCCGAGAAAAAUGGUCUGGAGCUGAAAAAAGAGGGACUACUUUCUAAAGAGAGUUAUGUCAAUGGAAAGAAUAAGAAAAAUGGGGAGAGGUGCUCAGUGAAUAACUUGGAGGAUUUCAUCCACAAUCCCAGUGUGUUCAUCUGUGUUCCUAUUGCCGAUGCCGAAUCCGAUAGCGAGGGUUCUGAAGAUGCCGGUGAGAAGCGGGGUGAAGUCGUGGAGAUAGAAUAUACCAAGCAGGAGGAAAACCACUUGCGACUGAGAGGAGACCGAACCAAGAGCUCGGAUGCCUGGAGUCGAACAUCCGAAAUCUCCUCUCCCGGGGAAUUAAGUGUGCAGAGGGAAAAUGGCUCCUUAUCGCCAAAACGAGAUGAGAAUGAAGACAUUGUCAGCUGUUCAGAAGGAAGCAGCGUGGACCUAAUAGACCAUGAUGAAUUUUUGAAGCAUAUCCCUGAACUAGCAGAGGAAUUGAAGGAGCCGCGUAAUUGCUUCCCAGAAAGAUUUACUCAACAUUAUGCUUGGUGUUCAGUGAAUACCACAAAGUUUCCGGGCAAACUGUGGUGGAAUCUAAGAAAGACAUGCUACCAAAUUGUAGAACACAACUGGUUUGAAAGCUUUAUUGUGUUCAUGAUUCUGCUGAGCAGUGGCGCUCUGGCAUUUGAAGAUAUUUACCUGAGUGACAGACAGAAUAUUAAAACCAUACUGGAAUAUGCAGACAAGAUAUUUACCUACAUCUUUACCCUGGAGAUGUUGCUGAAAUGGGUGGCUUAUGGAUUCCACAAAUAUUUCACCAAUGCCUGGUGCUGGCUUGAUUUCCUAAUUGUAGAUGUCUCCUUAGUUACCCUCAUAGCAAGCCUGACAGGGAAGUCUGACAUAGGACCCAUGAAAUCCUUAAGGACUCUGCGAGCUUUGAGGCCAUUAAGAGCCCUGUCACGAUUUGAAGGGAUGAGGGUGGUGGUCAACGCCCUCGUGGGCGCCAUCCCUUCCAUUAUGAACGUCCUUCUGGUCUGCCUCAUUUUCUGGCUCAUCUUCAGCAUUGUGGGAGUCAGCCUGUUUGCAGGGAAGUUCGGAAAAUGUGUUAACCUGACCGACACCAACGCCUCUAUAAACGAGACUGCUAUUAAGAGAAGGCGGGAUUGCAAGAUAUACAAUGAUACUGGGAGAUUAUACUGGACAAAUGUUAAAGUGAAUUUUGACAACGUGGGCUCUGGUUACCUGGCUCUUCUUCAAGUGGCAACUUUCAAAGGUUGGAUGGACAUCAUGUAUGCGGCAGUAGAUUCGGUAGAUGUCGAACGCCAGCCCAGAUGGGAACACAGCAAAUACAUGUACAUGUAUUUUGUGAUUUUUAUCAUCUUUGGUUCUUUUUUCACGCUGAACCUUUUCGUCGGCGUCAUUAUUGACAAUUUCAACCAGCAAAAGAAAAAGUUUGGUGGAGAAGACAUCUUCAUGACAGAAGAACAGAAAAAGUAUUAUAAUGCCAUGAAAAAACUGGGAUCCAAGAAACCCCAAAGACCCAUCCCACGGCCGCAGAACAAAUUUCAAGGAUUCAUUUUUGACAUUGUAACACGCCAAGCUUUCGAUGUCGCUAUCAUGAUACUCAUCUGCCUUAAUAUGGUCGCCAUGAUGGUGGAGGCCGACAAUCAAUCCCCGGAGAAAACCAAUGUCCUUAAAAAAAUCAACAUCCUCUUCAUUGCCCUCUUCACAACGGAGUGUGUGCUGAAGCUGGUGGCCCUGAGAUACUACUACUUCACCAACGGAUGGAACAUUUUUGAUCUGGUUGUUGUGAUCAUGUCCAUUGUUGGCAAUGUGCUUUCUGGCAUUUUGGUUUCCUUUUCACCGACGCUUUUCCGGGUGAUCCGCUUGGUGCGGAUAGGACGAAUCCUUCGGCUCAUCCGAUCUGCCAGAGGAAUCCGGACCCUCCUUUUUGCCUUGAUGAUGUCCUUGCCUGCUCUGUUCAACAUUGGCCUCCUCCUUUUCCUGGUUAUGUUCAUUUAUGCCAUCUUUGGCAUGGCCAACUUUGCCUAUGUUGCCCGGGAAGCUGGGAUUGACGACAUGUUCAACUUUGAGACCUUUGGCAACAGCAUGCUCUGCCUCUUCCAGAUCACCACAUCCGCUGGCUGGGAUGGACUCCUUAGCCCCAUUUUAAACUCUGGGCCACCAUUUUGUGACCCCAACCUCAAAGUCCCUUCAACUUUUUCUAAGGGAGACUGUGGGAAUGCUGCAGUGGGCAUCAUUUUCUUUGUUACUUACAUCAUUGUGUCCUUUCUCAUCGUUGUGAACAUGUACAUUGCCGUGAUUUUGGAGAACUUCAACGUUGCCACGGAAGAGAGCACUGAACCUUUGGGUGACGACGACUUUGAAAUGUUUUAUGAAAUAUGGGAGAAGUUUGACCCGCUGGCAACCCAGUUCAUUUCAUACUCGAAACUUUCUGACUUUGCACACACUCUGUCCGCACCUUUGCGCAUACCUAAGCCAAAUAAACUUGAGCUGAUAGCGAUGGACCUUCCCAUGGUGAGUGGGGACCGGAUCCACUGUUUGGACAUUCUCUUUGCUUUCACCAAAAGGGUGCUUGGAGACUCUGGGGAAAUGGACGCCCUUAAGCUACAAAUGGAGGAAAAAUUCAUGGCGGCCAACCCAUCCAAGGCUUCUUACGAACCAAUCACCACCACACUCAGACGGAAGUACGAAGAAGUGCAUGCUACCGUUAUCCAGAGGGCCUUCCGGAGCCAUAUGCUCCAACGCUCCAUGAAGCAGGCCUGUUUCUUGCACCGCCAUAAAAACUGUGAUGGCGACAUCCUUGAUGAAGACGCUCCGGAAAAAGAAGGUCUCAUUGCGCUUCUGAUGAACGAAAAUUAUAUCGGAACUCCAGACAAAUCCCAGUCACCAUCCUUAGAAUCUAUCCCUCCAUCCUACCGGAGUGUUACUGGAGCCCUUAGUGAUGGUUUUGAGGGCGAAACAGCAGAGUCUCCUCAACGCAACAAGCCUAGGGAUGAUCAGCUGUUUCCGUACAAAGGCAAGAACGCUGAUGUGUAGAUGCUUGUUGAGGACACCUUAGAAUAACAUUAAGACAAUGAUACAGUGCAGCAAAGUCACCAAGCUACAGCUUCCUUAUUAAAUACAUGAACUGCAGAGGAACCCAAGGAGACUCUGCCCUCCUAGAUUAUAAACAUUUGUCUUUUUUUGACCAUAUGACUGUUAACACAGCUCUUUUUUUCUGGCGGCAUGCACAGGAAGGAUCUGUGAAAGGUCCUCAGAACCAUUGUAUCAGGAUCAUCUCUUAGAUUCAGAUCCCAUCACUGUGGGCCCUGGGCAGUCCUUCUCUUGUUGUGGCAAGGGGAGUUUAUGGCCAUAUCGAUUGGGACCAGAAUCCAGCUCCUUCUGGCCAGGAACUCAGUGGACCAGCCUAGAAGGCUUGGCAAGGGUUGACUUUUCUCUAGUGUUGUAGGUUUGCCCUGGUUCUGAUUGGCUCUUGGGUCAGAUUCUUGAUUGUCUAGGAGUCCACGGUAAACUCUUUCAUGACAGGUCAGCCCCAGCCCUAAACAGAUUUUUGUUAACUAGGGACCAUAGCCAGGACUUUAAUGCUGAAGUAGAUGUAUCUCUUACCACCAGAAAGCCAGAGAAAUGUACUUAUCAGUGUUUCUUGGCUCAAUGGAUUAACCCAGGAAGCAAUGAGAACUGUAUUUCCAGUG